CGGGCAUGCAUGCACAUGGCGACCGGUGCCGGUCUCCAAGCAAAUAUGCGCCAGUGAGACUAGCGAAUGUCAACCGGGUUCCAUCGAAUUAUCGCUCAUCCACAAGAUCCCCCAGCUUCCGUCUCCCACUGCCCACUGCCCACUUCCAACGCGCUGCCGUUGUCGCAUGCUGUCUCCCGCACGCACUGUCGCCGAAGUGACGAGAAGAGAUGAGCUCGAAGACCCGUCUUGUUCCCGCCGAACUGCGGCAGCGAACGGAGCACAGUUGCGAUCGGUGCAAAAGCAGGAAGCAGAAGUGCAAUACCUCGGCUGGCCAGCUUAGGUGCACCCAUUGUCUGAAGUAUGGCUACGACUGUGUCGUGACCAAGCCGCGCAAGCAACGACUUCGUGGGAGUGUCGAGGCCUACAGUGCCAGAAUGGCCGCCUUGGAAGGCUUGGUGAAGGGGUUGGUGCCUGAGGCGGACCUCUCCAGUCUACAAAGCGUGCAGAGCGUGGGCCGCGCUCUGGGAAUCCCGUUGCCGGACGGGGCUGCUGGUCCAGGCGACGGCCGCCCGCCGACCGAGUCCGAAGGCGGUGGCGAGAAGGGAAGCGAGCACGAGCAGCUGGUUCACGAUCGGCAGGGCCAGAGCCAGUAUAUCGGACGGGCAAGCUCCUACUUCUUCCAGAUGAAGCUCAGGGCCAUGGUCAGUCCCGGCCAGAACGGUUCUAUCAGACAGAUGCACCUGUUCGGCCCCAACCCGGCCGACAGGAGCCUCGUGUCGGAGAGGAGCCUUGAUAUUACGAGACGCGACAUGGAGACUGUGGACAUCCACUCCAUCGCCAACUCCACCUCUCUAGACCGCCACGGGUCUGCAGCGUCCCCCAAGGCGGCUCCGAGACACACGGAUCGGACGACCGUUCUCUUGAUCGUCCGCGCGUUUUUCGACCGAGUCAACGUCGACUUCCCUGUCCUUCACGAAGCCUCGUUUCUCGAGACCCUGGAGGCCUGGUGCAAGUCUCCGACGGCUGCAGACCACGUGUGGCUCUGCAGCUUCCUCUGUGUCUUAAUGCUAGGCCGCCGGCAUUGCGACAUCGACAUUUCGGAUGAGCAGGAGGAGCGAUGGUGGCUCCAAAUCCAGAUGUUCCUGCCCAAGGUCAUGUUCACUUCAAGUCUGGCCUCGAUCCAAUCCCUCAUGCUAGCGGCUCUUCAUCUCCACAACACCAACUCUCGGGACAUAUGUUGGACGCUGACCGGUGCCGCCGUCCGCAUUGGCUUUGCUAUCGGGUUGCAUCGAGACGAUAUCGAGACGGAUGGGACGCCUCUGCUGCGGGAGAUGAGGAAGAAGCUCUGGUGGACGCUCUAUUCCUUCGAGCAGCUGCAAGUCUCCUCCUAUGACAGACCGAGCGCGAUGAACGACGCCCGGCACCUGCCCGGCCCGCCGAGAGAAGGCAUCCUAGGCAUGGCCGCGAAUAACCUCCCGGAGUAUGCCACCUGGUGUAACCGGUUAGCCACCUUGCUGGGUGCCGCAAAUUCGCUCCCGGAGGCCGCCAAGAGUGACUUCUCGGGCCCCCUCUCUCCCGCAGUGAAGCUCCUCUCGGAUUUGACCAGUUGGAACAGGAGUCUCCCGCAACACCUCUCCAUGGAUGCCAUCGACUCUAUGCCGCCUCAGUUUCAACGCAUCCUCAUUCUUCUCCACGUGCAAUAUCACUACACGGCCUCCUUCGUUUCCCGAUAUGCCCUCCUCUCGCGCUUCACUGCACUCUCCGGGGACAGCACACGUGUAUUCUCAGGUUCCCUUGCCUCGAUUUCCGACACCUGCAUCGAGUCUGGCCGGCAGUCCUCUCAGUUGCUUCUCAAGCUCGACUCCAUCAAUAAUUUCAACGCCGUCUCUUGGUUGGACGUGUACUAUAUCUACUCAUCUACCUUGAUCCUCGUCUUGAGCAUCAUCUGUGAUGUCACGCAAGACAAGACAGAGUCGGCAACAGAUACGAGACAACUCUUGGGCGAUUGCUUUGAACUGUCCUCUAAAUACCUGAGUGACGACAAAGUACCGGGGACCAUGCGCCGCUGGUUGACUAUCGUUGGCGAGCUACAGGCAAUGGUUGACGAAUUCACUAACGCGCAUGACGGCCGGAACAGUGGGCCUCCUUCCGGAAGAGCCUCACAACCUCCUAUUCGAGGUGCGAACAAAUCAAGCUCGGGCGUUGGAAUGCAUGAUAGCACCUUAAACAUCGACAGCGGGCAAUACAGAACUGACUUAUCUGGCACGGUGUUGGAGCCCAUUCUCGCAAGCCUGUUCGAUCCCGAGACAACGGCAGACUUUCAGUUUCCAAACCUCCCGUCUUUUCCAGGGUUUAGCUAUGACUACUCCCUUCCACAUGCGGGGCCCACAGAGUCCCGGGCCUGGCAGGAAAUGCAUUGGGAAGAAAUCAGCGACAUGCUCCUCGGAGCUACGGAGUCCCUAACAUGAAACACUUGAC